AUGUUGCCUACUGAAGCAUUUCAGUCAGUAACUCAGCAGGAAUGGAAAAAUUGUGUUGACUAUGUCAUCAAGCUAAAAAAUGAAUAUGAUAUCGACAAACUUGUCAUCUCAGUAAGCGAUGAUAGUUCCAGUGAAUCUGAAGAGUCGCAAAUGGACCAAUUUAAUUACGCAGGAGCUUCAGGCAACAUUUCGGGAGUUGAAUACCUCGACUCAGAUUAUUUGCACUCAGACUAA